AACAAUGCCCCGCACUCAGUUGUCAUCAGCAUAAUAGCAGGUGGCCUGGCUGGCGCAUCAGAAACCUUUGUUACAUACCCAGCCGAGUUUGUCAAAACCCGCCGCCAACUCGAUCCUUCCUCAUCCGGCCGAAAGUCCGCAUCAUCCUUCACCAUCCUCAGAUCCACAUUCCAAGAUUCUGGCAUUAGAGGCGUAUAUACCGGAUGUCAAACUCUUGCUAUAAGCAACGCGCUCAAAAGCGGAGUUCGCUUCUUCUCCUUUGAGACCGUGAAAAGAAACUUGACUCCCUACUUCUCCUCUCCAACCAUGAGUGACGCGUCUGCGGUACGAAAUCCUUGGCUCAACCUCACCUCAGGGCUAUGCGCUGGAGCUACAGAGAGCAUCCUCGUUGUUACACCGGGUGAGGCGCUGAAGACAAGAGUCAUACACGAUGCUGCAUCAGGAGGCCAUUUGGGACGGCUUUCUAUGCCGCAGCUAGUCGCGCAUACAGUGCGACAAGACGGAGUGCUUUCCUUAUGGAGGGGUCUCACGCCAGUACUGUGUAAGCAGGGUACAAACAGCGCUGUGCGGUUCACGACGUUCGGCGCACUCAAAGAUAAGUUGGAAGAAGCGUUGCCAGAAAAGAUGGGUGGCGCGACAACGACUAUAAUCGCAGGAGCUGGCAGUGGCAUCAUGACAGUAUAUGCAUCGAUGCCGUUCGAUAACAUCAAAACUAGAAUGCAGAGUAUUGGAAGCCACAGAGGUAGUAUGAUUUCGGUUGCAACGAACAUGUUGAUAAAGGAAGGCUUGUUUGUAUUUUGGAAAGCAACCACGCCGCGGCUGGUGAGACUCACGCUAUCAAGUAGUAUCACGUUCAUGGUGUAUGAUUACACUCUG